CGCCCCGCACCCCCGGGCGUGCACACUGAGCGACCCGCUCCUGCAGCUUCCCCUAGCCACACAGGACCAGGAUUUUUGACUGCUAGGGGUGAAGUGACCUCUUAGAUGGAACAAGGAUAAGAACCUUGUGUUUUUGAUCUCUGGAGCCCUGCGAAAAUGGAGAGCCUUGGAGGCCCCUAUACAGCUGACGCAGUUGCGAGAGAAAGCGAAGAGGAGAAUUCUCAGCUGAAGCUAGACACAGAAAAGAAACUAGACACAUAUGCUGGCCCCAUUAACUGUCGGAGGCCACAUGGGAGAGAAAAUCACUAUCAAUGUAUAGAAUGUAGGAAAAGCUUCAGUGUUCAUUCGGCACUGAUCAAACACCAGAGAAUCCACACCGGAGAGAAACCCUAUCAGUGCAGUGAAUGUGGGAAAAGCUUCAGUGUAAGCUCAACGCUGGUUACUCAUCAGAGGAUCCAUACAGGGGAGAGGCCCUACAAAUGCGUGCAGUGUGGGAAGAGCUUCAAUCAAAGCUCACACCUCACUCAGCAUCAGAAGAUCCACAAGGGAGAGAAGCCAUGUACAUGUACUGAAUCUGGAGAAGGCUUUACUGACAGCUCAACGUGCGUGAAACAUCCAGGACUGCAUGCUGGAGUGGGGCCCUAUAAAUGCGCUGAAUGUGGGAAGAGCUUCAAUCGAAGCUCCACUCUCUACAACCACAACAGGAUCCACACAGGAGAGAAACGCUACAAAUGUGAUGAGUGUGGGAAAAGCUUCAGUGUGAGCUCCAACCUCAUCAGGCAUCAGAAAAUCCACACAGAGCAGAGACCCUAUAAGUGUCUUGAAUGUCGUAAGAGCUUCAGCCUGAGCUCAGAUCUGGAAGCGCAUCGGAGGCUUCACCUAGGAGAGAAACCCCACAAAUGUUCUGAGUGCGAGAAAAGCUUUGAUCAGGAGUCACAGCUCCUGAAACAUCAGCGAGUUCACGCUGGGGAAAACUCAUAUGAAUGUGUGGAGUGUGGGAAGAGCUUUAGUAGGAAGGGGAACCUCCUGAGACACCAGGAGAUCCACACUGGGGACAAACCCUACCAGUGUAAUGAAUGUGGGAAAAGCUUCAACCGGAGUUCAUCGCUCAUGCAGCAUCAGCGGAUCCACACUGGAGAGAAACCCUACAGCUGCAUCGAAUGUGGCAAGAACUUCAGCUUUAGCUCCCAGCUCACCACCCACCAGCGGAUCCACACAGGGGAGCGGCCUUACAAAUGUAACGAGUGCGGGAAAAGCUUUGUGGAUAGCUCAGGUCUCAUUCAGCAUCGGAGAAUUCACACGGGAGAGAAGCCCUACCAAUGCACUGAGUGUGGGAAGAGCUUUCGGCAGAACUCGGUGCUGAUUCAACACCGGAGAACUCACACCGGUGACAAGCCCUUCGAGUGUGGGGAGUGUGGGGAACGCUUUAGCCAGAGCUCCACACUGAUCACACAUCAAAGGAUUCACACCGGGGAGCGGCCUUACCACUGCAGUGAGUGCGGGAAGAGCUUCAGCGAGAGCUCGCACCUCACGCAGCAUAGGAGAAUCCACACAGGGGACAAGCCCUACAAGUGUGGUGAGUGUGGGAAGAGCUUCAUUCAGAGCUCGCAGCUCACCACCCACCAGAGGAUCCACACAGGAGACAAACCCUACCAGUGCCACACCUGUGGGAAGAGCUUCAGUGACAGCUCGGCGCUCACCCAGCAUCAGAGAGUCCACACGGGGGAGCGACCAUACCAAUGCACGGAAUGUGGGAGGAGCUUCAGUCAGAGCUCGGCCCUGGUGCAGCACUGGAGGAUCCACACUGGAGAUAAGCCCUAUGAGUGCACCGAGUGCGGGAAAACUUUCAGCCAGAGCGCAGGGCUCACUCAGCACCGGAGCACCCAUGCGGGAGAGAGACACUGAGACAGAGACCGGUGGGCCAUGUGGCAUUCUAUGCCCAUGCUGUCAGGAGUGGCUCUUUGCUGUGCUGAAUGCUGCAACAAAGCAGAAGCAGUGCUGCAAUGUUAAUUGAUCAUGAAACUAUUGACUCACAAUCAAUCUCUUAAUUAAAAUCCACCUAAAAAUGCAUCAGGCAUAUUGUGAUGCUGAGAAAGCUAACCCCUCCCCCACAUCUGGCCUCCAAACGUAAAAGGAUAUUAUUAUAAAUUUUUAUGCCGAAUCUUAGGGGAACUUAGCAAGAGUUUCUGUGUAGCAUGGUUGCCUGCUUACCCCUCCUAUGUGGCUACAAAACUUGGGGAGUGGGAGCAGUCUGAGAAGUGGCAGAAGCUCUGUCUGAAGGAAUAUGAGGGAGACUGAAAGAGAGACUUCUGAAGCAGUUAGGCCAGUUGUAUCAGGUAGAGAAAAUACCGUUCAGUCAGCUAAGCAGCCCAUCAGCUGAGCUCCAGUCCUUCUGAGCUUAGGAACUCUGCAUUAGAGUUGCCUCUCCCAGCUGUGCAGCUCCCAAACUGUGCAGCAGGGAAAGACCCCACCGUAUGUCUCUCCUCCACACCUAAAACAUGCAUGGAUCAGGGCCUGUACAGGAGGAGGUGACUCUCCUUAACCCUUCAGGAUGUCAACGACCUCCGUCUGACCCUCCCACAAGUCACUGCUUCAACCUCUUCUGACCCCUUACAUGAAAGAGGGGGUUGUUCUUUUCUUUGCUAUCCUGAAUCACAAAGAAUUCCCCAGUCCAUGCUUCCCACCCUCCUUUAUGAGGGAGCAGGGUGAGAAGAGGCACAAGAAGCCCCCUGAGCUCCCCAUUAUGGGGAAGACCCAACAACACAGAGAUCCAGAGAAGGAAGGCAAAAUGUUAGGUGGCCAAGCUGAUGUGGAAGAAGGCAGGAGAAUAUCCAUUUUGUUGAGUGUAUGCAAUGCAAAUACAAAUGUAUGUGCUAUUCCGGUAAACAGAGAAAUUAUGAGGCAGUUUGUAAGCUUAGAUACCAUGGGAAUAAUUCUGGUACAAAGGCUUAGCUAGAUAAUGUCCCCAGCGCAACACUAGGAAUACUGUUCAUAAUAACUUGAUUAAGCUUUGCCCUUCCCUUCUUGGCCUGUGACUGAGCAGUGGGCUUGUCUUGGGAGCAGCAGGUACUGCAUGAAGAACACCUAUUUCAUGUGCCAGUGACCUUCAAGGAGGUGGCCAUCUAUUUCACCUAGCAGGAGUGGGCUCUUCUGAACAAAAGGCAGAGGACGCUCUGAGGGGAUCUGCAUUAUUAGCCAUUAGAGGACCUACAUGGCGUUGAUAUGCUGUCAGUAUACUGAAUAUGGGGGCAUUUCAGUGGCAGCUCAAAUCUCAUCCAUCAAGAGAAUCUACAUGGAUGAGAAACCCUAUUGUAAAUGGACAGGGCAUAUGUGGGAAAAAUUUUCAGUCAUAGCAAAGUCUUUUUAUCUGACUUACAGAAUGAUGAGUUCCAUGCCCAUUAUGUUGUAUGGGAGUCAAUAGCCAAUAUGGUUACAGUGGCAGGUGGGUGGGUUUCCUAUUUGGAUUUGGAUUUCUUUAUAUCUAAAACUCAAAGUGAUAACUCUAAUUUUGAAACAUCCAUUUAUUUGUUAUUUCUAAAGCAGGGGACAGCCUGCAGCUCUGAACUUCUUAAAUUUGGACAGAUCACUGUAAGAAUGCUGGAACCCUUCCAUCCCCUAGCUUCCAUUCAUUUUCUUUCUCAAGGGCUUUAAGAAGUCUGCAUCACAUGAUGGUGCACUACUUAAACAUGGAAAGGACUCUGGGCUUGUAUGCUUUGCAGGUGAUAGUUGUGUCUGACUGUGAUGACAGGCCCUUGGGUUCAUUGCUUUCAUACAUAAAGCACAUGCUAUACCAUUACAUUCAACUUUGUUCUGUCUUACAACCUUAAUACCGUGAUUUCAGCUUAUGAGUUUUGUAUAGGUAACUCUGCUGUCUGGUUGGCUAAUGACACUUGCAUAGCCGCUGAUUCAUGGAAUCUGUGUACUGGGAAAUGAUUGCUUUCAAUAAGUUGUUUGAUCAGGAAUUAGAAAAGAAAACCUCUGACCUGUGUGCACCUGUAUGAAGGGUGCACUAUACAAGUAAAAAAAAUAAAUCUAAUUUUGUGAUCAUGGGUCACCUGACUCUACUUGUUCUGAGAGCAUCACUGUGGGAGCAGAGUUAAGGUGUUUGGGUGACAAAUUGUCUGUCUUUCCAAAAUUUCAAAUGUUUGGAUUUCUUAUAAAGUUAAACUUGCAGAGGAAAAAAACAUUGGCUUUUUCCCACUCUUGAUUUCUUUGAGAUAUUUA